AUGCACUUUCCGAGAUUAAGGACCCGUUCGUUGAAAAACCUUCUGAAAAACGUUUUCAAAUGGAUGAUAAUUUUGUUCUUGGCUACUUACUUUAUUUGUAUGCCUUUUCGAGCAUCCAGAAAGAGAGCCGAAGAAACAUACUUAACAUCAGGUUUUUUGUGUCCAUCUGUCUCUCCUCAACAUACUACUUGCAGCAAUAGUGAAGUGUUUCUGCUCAUAAUGGUUCCAAGCGCCGUUUCUAACUUUGAGCAAAGGAAUGCGAUACGCAGCACAUGGGGAAACCUUUCAUCGACAAACUUUACUGUGAUGUUGAAAUUUGUGCUUGGUAAAAGUAAGCGGAGCCUUCACCAGAACCUUGCAGGAGUCGAGAACUCGAUAUGCCAAGAUAUUUUGUUUACAGAUAUAUCAGAAACCUAUGAAAAUCUUUCAAAGAAAUCGAUCGCUUUGCUUCACUGGGCAUCGACAAACUGUAAAGGAGUAAAGUAUCUCUUGAAAAUCGACGACGACAUGUUUCUAAACAUUCCAAGACUUUUGGACGAAUUGACAACUAAACCGAAACUGAACUCAAUAUCCGGCUGCAAAGUCAGCGGAGCCUCUCCGUUCCGAUUGCCAUUUUCGAAAUGGAGAAUAUCAAGAUCAGAAUAUGAAAAGGAUUACUACCCCGACUAUAUAGCAGGAACAGCUUACCUGAUCAGUGGUGAUAUCAUUCCCAAACUAUACAGUGCAACAGGGAGUGUACCUUACUUUAUAUUUGAAGACGUUUAUAUAACUGGUUUGUGCAGAGAACACAUAGGAGCUGUUGCGUUAGAGAACAAAGGAUUCAGUUGCGGUUAUCGAGACAGAAGUCCAUGUGGUCAAAACUUUAGGUAUCGGAUUACAGGACAUCACUAUACACCCGCCGAAAUUCAAAGAUUGUGGCGGGAACUCCAAGACAGGUGGUCAAUUUGUCAUAGAGGAGACAACUACUUGAUUUUCAAAUUAUUUGAUUUGUUUAAGUGUUUGUUCCUCUGAGUUCGUCGAUUUUUGUAUGAAGUUAUGCUCAAGAUAAUUGAUAUUUGAUAGAAAAUUAUAUCGUCAUGAUUUUCAGUGCAUACUUAUUGCAAUGGUUAAAGCAA